CUCCCAAGAAGGCGGGGAUACGAUGGGCUGGGAGCGCGCCUCGGUCCUGCUCUGCCUCCUGUGCGCCGCCAGCCGGCUGCCUCUUCCCUGCGCUGCGCUCCGCAAGGCCAGCCCCAGGAUCCGAGCCAGCCCGGCAGGAGAGAAACGAUUCUUGUUUACCACCAAAGAGGAGCACGUAACGCUAUACCAUGAAAAUGGAACCUCUUCUGUCUUCGUGGGUGCUGUCAAUAAGCUUUACUAUUACAAUUUUGAAACCUCGGAAAGCUACGUGGAACCUUUCAACGUAACAGAGUCCAAAUGUAGAAAUUCUCUAUAUGCCCAGAACUAUCUCACGCUCGUAGCGAACUACAAAGGGAAAAUGAUGGUCUGCGGAACCAAUGCCUGCUCUCCAACCUGUUGGAACUGGGUAGAUAAGAAGAAAGAGCCGGGAAUUUCUGCCAUGGGGCUGGCCCCCUAUAACCUCGAGCAAAAUUCUUUUGUCCUUUUUUACGGUGACAACAUCUACUCUCCCAUCAGUAAGAAUGGGGACAAACUGAUCCGUUUUCGCCGGGUACAGGGGCCUUGGGCUCUUUAUUCUGAAGAUUCACUAUGGCGCAACCCAAAGCUUAUUCAGGGGGCCAUCAUAAAGAAUGAGGAGGCAUACAAGGACAAAAUCUAUCUCUUCUUCCAAGAAGACAAUCCAGAGUGGCCCAGAAAAAUUGGAGCCCCGAGGCAUAUCUCCAGGGUGGCUCAGCUGUGUGCGGGAGACGGGGGAGGCCCCGGUGCCCUCUCUUCUGCCAAGUGGUCGACUUUCUUGAAAUCCACGAUGCAUUGCUUUGAUCAAGCCACCGAUCGUCACUUCAAUCUAAUACAAGACGUCUUUAUCGUCCACUCGGAGAACUGGGCUGAAACAAAAAUAUACGGGCUCUUUUCAAAUGAGUGGGGCUAUUCGGCUGUCUGUGUCUAUUCUGUUGGGGACAUUACGAAAAUCUUUGAAAUGUCACCUCUCUUAGGUUUCACUGGCGGCUUCCCUGCUAUAAGGCCUGGGCAGUGUAUCAAAGAUGGAAAGGAGACUCCUGCGUAUACCUACAAAGUGGCCCACAGUCACCCCGAAAUGGUGCGACAGGUGAAGCCAGAAGCCAUUUUGUUUCACAACAAGAAUCACUACCAGAAGGUCUUGGUCCACCCAGUCCAGGCGACAGAUGACCGUUUAUACAACGUUCUUUACUUGACUACAGAAAAUGGAACCAUUCACAAAAUUGUGAAUUUGCGAGAUGGCCCCAUCAAUAUCCUAGAGAUUCAGCCCUUUCAAACUCCUGCAGCCAUCCAGUCCAUAGUUUUGGACAGUACAAAGAACAUUUUGCUGGUGGCUUCUGAGAAUGAGGUGGUUGAGCUGCCGACAGCCAUGUGUGAGGUUUAUAAGGGCAACUGUGCGAGCUGCGUCCUGGCGAGAGAUCCUUACUGUGGAUGGAUCAAUGGGACAUGCACUUCUGUUUAUACCACCAGAAAAUCGUCGCAGUCUCUAUCCCAUGACGUCUCUCAAAACAGCUGUGAUGCACACAGCAGUGACACAGGAGAGGCUAGAGAGACGUCUUGCGAACAUGUCCUACCAUCAUCUCGCUACUAUCUGAAUUGCUCCCUCGAAUCUCAUCAUGCCACAUAUGCCUGGUUCCAUAAGGACAAGAUAGUUGCACGUUGUGCCCACGGUGUUAAUCCCUGCACGCAUUUUAUAGACCAGAUUUCUCCAGAAUCUUAUGGCAACUAUUCCUGUGUUUCCCAGGAGGACUGGUUUAAGCAGACGCUUGUGACUAUGUGUCUGAUGGAAACUUCUAGAGAUCAAAAUAUAGUGAUGAUGAAAAAUUACCCAAUAGCCACGGAUCCCUCUCACUCCCAGAAGACUGAACAGCCAUAUAGCCCCCAGACACUGCUGAUGCCACCUGGUAACUGGGCCACCACAGCAUCCUUUUCUUUCUGGCUCGGACUACUGCAUGGGGUGGUGGUUUUCUUUCUUCUCAAGUGAUGACCAACUUUCCUACCACUCCUGUCAAUAUGAAUAACUGUGCAGCGUUGUUUAAAAUUCUGGGAUCUCCCAGGGUGGCGUUUGAGAAGUAAUUCUCAUGUAUUCGAGGUGAGGGCCUGGAAAAGCUGCAGCCCCAAAGACUGUUACAUAUAUUUAUGUAUUUAUUUUUUUAAGUUAUUUGCUAGUUUUCUAUUCCGCACUGUCAAUGGAUCGGUUGCCAAGGCAGUUUACAGUUCUUGGUUGAAAUGUGUUUUUUUAAAAAAUAAUAAUUAAAAGGAACAAUGAUAAUAGCGGAAGUGCAAAUGGUUAAGAAGCAUCUGCCUUAAAAUCAGCAAUCAGACUGUGGGCAUAAAAAAUAACUGCAGAAAAACAUCCAUGUUAUUGUAGAAAAGAGCAAGAGUCCAAUAGCACCAAUAAGACUAACAAAAUUUGUGGCUUUCAUGAGCCACAGCUCACUUCUUCAGAUAGGAUGUUAUUGAAACAGUAGAGACUGGUAAACUAUAUUAAGACUUUUUAGUAUUAAAGAUGAUAACUGAUGGGUAAUAAGCUAACUAAAUAUGUACAUACACAGUGCCUACUUUUAGAAAAAAAUCACUGACUGGCACCAAAAAAAAAGGCUCUGUCAGGUGUAUAAUUGUAUGGAUACUGUUCAGACGUCUGGUGUGACAUCAAGAAAGAUCCUAUAGCCCCUCUUGAGUGGGGGGGGGGGUACAGAGAGUAGCGUCUCUGAGGGCAACUUCAGUUAAUGUGCAGCUUCGCACGAGAGCAAGAAGCCCUGAAUCCCACACGGGUGGGCUUUAAAUGCAAUAUAACCAGUACUAUGAAUUGGGCCCCAAAGCAAAUUAGCAAUCAGCAUCGUUGUUUGCAAAAGCAUCAAAAUAAAUUUCCUAUAAUGCAAGGCUGCUGGCAGUCAUUCAUCUUGUACUAACUGUACCUCCAGAACAGUCUUCAAGGGAAGCCCCAACAGGAGCUCAUUACAUUAAUCUAACCCAGCCAUGAUCACUGUGUGUGCAAGUCCUGCCUCUCAGGCACAUAGCUUGUGGCCAACAAAAAUUGGGCAAGGGCGCUACAUUCCAGAGAGUUUUCAUCUGUAGAUGUGGACCAAAUAGUGUGACCAAGCUGCUAACCUCCUUCUUUAGGGGAAAUGCAAUCCCUUCUGGAAGAGACUGACUUCCCAACCCCUCACUGGCUCUCUUGCUAUCCAUCAGUCUCUUACCUGGAUUGAACUUCAGUUUCUUAGCCCUUGUCCAAUCUAUUCCCACUUCCAGGCAUGGGUUCAGCAUCAGUAACUGACUAAUUAAGUUGAUGGUACCCCAGACUUUGCGGCUCACAAGCAAAACAAAAAAUAGGGCAUGUCAUAGGGCUGUGGACCUCGGGGUUCUGAUUCAGGUUUUUAACCCAAAUCGGGCCCAAUUUGGGUAGAUUCGGUGUUCCCAAAUUGGCUCCAGCAUUGUUGAGCCAAUUCGGAAAUACCGAAGCAAAGCUUUCUGAAGUGCUUCGGGUGCAUGUCAUUUCUUAGGAAGAGGUGCCACUAUCCCUAACUUACUGACUCAGUGGCACCAGUGAAAGAUUACUUUGAAGCACAGGACAAGAGUUUAGGUGCAGGGCAGGGAAACUGACUUGGCACUGCCAUGUGCUAUUGACAUGAUUUAGAACAUCCACUGUCUUGCCUUACUCUGGUGCAAAAGAGGAAUGCUUUGUAACCAUGAGUGAUGUGAUUGAAGUCUCCGGGGCCCAUGUCACAAAAGCUGUAAAGGGAGUAAUCUUGCAUGGUUGACUUGAUCUACCAACGUGUCUUAUUCUUGCACAGGAAAGAAGCAUAGGUGGGAUCUUGUAACUUGGUUUUAUGAUGCCUUAGUGGUCUUUGAAGAUAUGCCCCUGAGAAAUGCCUUAAUGGAUCAGGUUCAGAUUCCAUAAUUCAGAUCCCCAUAAUUCUUUGCAGGGCUCUCGGGAAGUGCUAAGUGGCUUCUCCACAAAUGGGCUGCCUUCUGCUGCCCUCCCUGCACACAGAUUGUCCCCAGUUCUUUGCAAGUCCAUUUGGCAAACUUGAGUAAUUUUGUGAGUGUAAAUUCCCACAGCAUGUGGCUUCUUUUGUGAGUGUUCCCCAUCCUUUUCUUGUCUUCUCAUUUUUCCAGUCAGGUGCAAGAACAUGAGCUGUACAAGACAAGUUUUCCGUGCAAUAGAUCCUCAGAGUGCGGAAAUCUCCUGUCUUUGUUUCCAGUGGUAGAAAAGUUUAUUACAUUUCCAUCUCUGCCCUCACACGUUUCUUGAAAGAGGUUGAUGGGAUCCUUUUCCCAAAGAGGAAAAUAAUAAUAGAAAUCUGAGGCGCGUGCUGAAAUGAAGAAACCUCAGUUGCUAACUCUCUUCAGACUAUAGGGUUUUCUCACGGCACUACCAAAGAAUGGAUGGUUCCAUAUUGUUCACAUGAGACCUGAUUAAGCAUGUUUGGUGAUGCAUACGUGUAGACUCCAUAUGAACAGAGUCCUUACAUGUGAUAGGGUCACCAUGUUCCACCCCAGUCAGCCCCUUCCAGUCAUUCCAAAUAAAUUUCCAAUCAGGGCUGCUAUUUGAAGUCAUCUUCUAUUUUGACUUUCUCAAGGGCAAUAAAUGAUGGCUUUGACCAGUCAUUCCGUAAUUGACCAUUCCAUUCCAUAAUAUAUUGGGGCCACCACAAAGAAGGCUACGUUGUGUUAAAAUUCCAUUGAUGCCUAGCUCUAGAACAAGAUAGAGACCUCUGCUGCCUUGGUGAGAUUGGGGGUCCUAUAUAUAGUGAAUCUGAAACCUUUCAAACAAUACAUUUGAUAUAUGUUUACUUUUCUCGUUAGUUCGUACGUUGCAAUUCUUAUCUGGACAUUCUAAGAAAUUAAUGGGACUUAAAUUAUGAGUAAGAAGAUUUUGAGUUGGAGGACAAAACAGAUUUGCAACUGGGGCCAAAUGUGGGUAGCUGUCUCUCCGUUGACUGUCAGGUGGAUCUGGUGGAAUGGGAGGAGCCUUUCUCUGGGCUUCCACAGACUUAAACAAAAAAAAAACCCCACAACUUUUCAGCUGCAUUACAAAAUCUGUUCUGCAUGGCAAAGCACUUUCAAGGAAUGACUUUGCCAUAUGGAACUUACUUGAAGAAGAGAAUUUUGUCUCAUAUUUUGUCUCAAUGUGUUCUCUGUUCUGUUGAUUCCCCACUCCUCCACUUGAAGUCAGCUGGGUGACUUUGGGUCAGUCACAGCUCUCUCAGAGCUCUCUCAGCCCCACCCACCUCACAGGGUGUUUUGUUGUGGGGAUAAUAAUGACAUACUUUGUAAACCGCUCUGAGUGGGCAUUAAGUUGUCCUGAAGGGCGGUAUAUAAAUCGAAUGUUAUUAUUAUUUGUGUGUGCGCAGUACACUCAUUUCCUUGUUUCUCUUUGUUGUCCAUGGAGACAUCUCUCAAGCCAGGCUCAUGUCUGGUUUUGAAUUGCAUUCUUGAGAUAAACUGUGAAAUUAAACUAUGUUCUCCUUUUGGCUAAGUGGAAGUUUGAAGUCCUCCACAUCUGUGCUUCCAAGACAAGGAGACAUUACCUUAUUUGCACUACACAUUCUUCAUAUAUUGUUUCAAAGAUCCUAUAUUCCUUCAUUGGCAGCCAGUGAAGAAAAGCUUUUAUUUUUUUCCCUCUAAGCACUUUAAUAUAACUUAUAGAUUAUUAAUGGACUUGAUAGGUUGCCAUGUUUGUAUGUAUACAAAUAUAUAUAUAUAUAUAUUAUAUAGUCGCAGAAAAACGGACUGUUUUGUAUUUGGUUUGAAAAAGAGGGCAUUUCAAUAAAGUUUUGUCACAAUUG